AUGUCGCUCCGCGCCGGCAUCAUGACCGUGCUCGUCGCCGUCGCCGUCGCCCAGCAGCAGCUACAACAACCAGAACUGUGGCAGCAGCCCGCCGUCGUGGCGGCGGCUGCGCCAGCGUCGUCGCCGACGAUACCUUCCUGGACGGCUGAAGUGGAGCAAGAUGUGCAAUUGGUGCCCGAUGAUCUGCAUGCGCCAAUGACCGUUACACAUUUUACAAGGCAAUUGGAUCUGGUCAAGCGAAAUCCCAAUGCAGUAUUCGAGGUUAGAGGCACCGUCGUCGCCCGUGACAGCUCCAGCUCUGCCGCUGCCAGCGCGUCUUCUAGCGAUUCGUCCUCGGGGGAUUCUUCCUCGUCCUCCUCGGCGUCGUCGUCAUCCUCCUCCUCCUCCUCCUCUUCCGCAGAUUCCUCCUCAUCUCCUCUACCUUCGCCAUUCGACGACGCUCCAACUUCGAUCUUCAAGAGCACAAGUAGUACAAGCGAUGCCUGCCCAGCGUUCAUGAAGAAGUUGUUGAGUGAUCCGACAUUCAAGGAAUGCUACCCACUAUCCAUGAUGCUACGAACGUCGACCUCUUUCUUCCAGGCCGAGAAGCAACUUGUCAGCAUCGUCCGCGUACUCGACGCGACCUGCGCUCCCAACGUCGACAAGUGCGAACAGUUCCUCACCCAGGCCGCCAAGAAUCUCAUCGACAGCUCCAACUGCAAGAAGGAGUACGACGCCAACCAGGUUUCGGUCACCGAGGCUUUCAACGGGCUUCGCGCCUACAAGGUUUUGUACGCGGCCACGUGCCUGCAGAACCCGUCGACGCAAAACUACUGCUUCGCCAGCGCCGUCACCAACGUCACCAACCCAUCCGACAUCUUCUUCUACUCCAUGCCCCUCGGCCUGCCGCUCCCCGGCGGCUCGACGCCCUCGUGCGGCUACUGCACGACUCAAACCAUGGCCAUUUUCCACACCGCCACCUCGGACCGCUCGCAAAAGAUCUCGUCGACGUACAGGGACGCCGCUCGCCAGGUCAACACCAUCUGCGGCCCGGGCUUCGUCAACGACACGGCCACGUCGGGUGCCGGCCGGCUGGUCGCGGCGCCAGAUGCGGCGACGACGCUCGUCACGGUGCUGUUUGCGACGCUGCUUGGUCUGACUGUCAUGGCUUGGUAG